AGCACGAGAACGAGGACUGUCGGUCUCUAGGGUUGAUUCUUCCAUCGCACUCUUCUUCAUUCAUCUCUGUUCUUCCAAUUUGAUUGUCGCGAUCGACCCAUCGAUCUGUUUCCCCGAUCAUUGUUGCAUCUUGGUCUUUGGGGUGAAUUCGCGAUGUCGAUCACGUCAUACAAUGGAAGCGCCCUCGUGGCAAUGCUGGGCAAGAAUUGUUUUGCAAUUGCGAGCGAUCGGCGUUUAGGUGUCAACUUUCAGACGAUUGCCACGGACUAUCAACGUAUUUUUGAGAUACACGAGAAAUUGUACAUUGGGUUGUCUGGCCUUGGAACCGAUGUUCAGACCCUAUAUCAAAGACUUAAGUUCCGCCACAAGCUAUAUCAAUUGCGGGAGGAGCGAAACAUGCGGCCAGAGACGUUUGCAAGCCUCGUGUCGGCUAUGCUUUACGAAAAGCGAUUUGGACCAUACUUCUGUGAACCAAUCAUAGCCGGGUUGAGUGAAGACAAUGUUCCAUUCAUAUGCACAACAGAUUUGAUUGGUGCUAAACAAUACUCUUCGGACUUCGUAGUUUCCGGAACAGCUUCUGAGUCACUCUACGGUGCUUGCGAGUCAAUGUACAAGCCAGACUUGGAGCCCGACGACCUUUUUGAAGUAAUUGCCCAGGCCCUUAUCUCGUCCGUAGAUCGAGAUUGCAUCAGUGGGUGGGGAGGAAUAGUACAUAUUGUGACACCUGAUCAAGUCAUCACCAAGACACUGAGAGGUCGGAUGGAUUAAGUGUUUUAACAAGUAUCAGAAUUGCCAGAUGCACGAGAGGUCUCAUGUUUCUAUGUAAGAAAAGAGCAAGUGAUAUUCGAAUACAGGCUUUCUUUUCCACUUACCUCUGAGACAUCGGGCUGAAAUUAAAGAUCCAUUUUGCAUCUUUGGUAUGUCCACUAUUGUUUGUAGAGCUUAGCUUCAGCUCUACUGCCGAUACCUUCUUCGGAUAAUCUUCCAGCUUUUGCAUGCCAGCCAAGUGACGAGAUAUCUAUGCCGAGCAUGUAAAUUGUAAGGGAUGAUUCAGUGUGGAUGUAAUCUUAUUAGUACUUCUCAGUGAACUAGUUGAGACAUAAGUUCCACCUUCAGGAUGUUUCAAAAUGCAUCGGUGUCUGCACAGAGGAUCAAUAUUCUCUUCUGUGUCCUAUCUGGUAUGAUAUAUUGUCUGUAAAUUCUUCGGAACCUUGCCUCUUUAAGUUUGUCUCGUCUAUGG